CAUUUGUUUACCUUCGUUUUUUCCUUUGUUAAGGGAUAAUGUAUCUUUGGUCCCUAGUUUUUUUUUUUUAAUACUUUGUUUGAUGAUUCCAGAAUGGAAGAGAAAAGUUGGGUUCUCUUUACAAAUGUUCAAUGGGCUGGGCCAAGAUUUCAGACUCUACGACCCGUCUAGACCGGAAGCCCAGGGAGUCCGAAAUAGUCAGAUUCUCUUACGACACGUUUCAGAUUCUUGUUUGCCAAAUCUGCUACGCAGUGGGCUGGCCCAUGCAGCAAAGAUCUGUCAAUAGCCCAUCGCGGUGGAGAUCGGACUCCCGCCCCCCUCUCCUCUCUGCGAGCCCCGAACUCCGAGAUCGUCCGGCCGCCGCCGCCGCCUCGAAAAGAUGAUCGUCUGCGUCGCCGUCGUCGGCCACGAGAACAAUCCGCUGUACCUGCAGAGCUUCACGGAAGCCGACGAUGCGCUGAAGCUCCACCACAUCGUCCACUCCUCCUUGGACGUCAUCGACGAGCGAGUAAAUAAUCCCAAGAAAAGUGGAUCUACUUUAAAUGAGACAUUUCUUGGUCUUCUGUAUCCAACAGAGAAUUACAAAGUGUAUGGGUAUCUGACUAACACAAAGGUCAAAUUAAUCAUGGUUAUGACUGAUUUAGAUGUCAAGGAUGCAGAUGUAAGAAGUUUUUUUAGGAGGUUCCAUGCUGCAUACGUAGAUGCUGUCUCCAACCCCUUCCAUGUUCCAGGGAAGACGACUACCUCCAAAAGCUUUGGACAAAGAGUUGGUAGCAUGGUCAAGUCCUUUGGACCCGGUGCGACUGCAUAAGAACAUCACAUUUUGUGAGCUUGGGUUCAAAUUAAGUCAGUUGCGUCAGUGGAAAGGAAUGGCCGUUGUUCUUUUUUUUUGGCUGUCAGAAUCACUCUCACUUCCUUUUUAGCCCCUUUUUUCUUAAAUAAAGUGCUUUUAGGAAAAAUAUAUCUGAAUGAGAUAUUUUGUCACGCCAUGAAGCUGUACAAGGAUUAGUAUUACGAAUGGUUUUAAUUCUUGCAUUGGAUUUUUUAA